CCUGGUUCGUCCACAGGAAUGUCGUCUAACAAAGCAGCUGCUGUACGCAACACGUCACGACCGUCGGUGCAUGAAACUGUACAACGUUACCUGUCACUUUAACUACUGCAUCAACCCCGAACAAGGAAGUUGGGGUAAUCGAUUCUUCUACAGAUGUAGUUGCUUCUUGGAAUCGAAGUACACGUUAACUCUGUCAAGCGAUCCGAGACGUUGCCUGAAGAUUCACCGGGGCGGAACGAGCCACGGUAGACCCCAGUAUAGACUUGAGGUUGAAACGAAUUGUAAACCUUCUCGCCAUCAGUGAGGAGUGACAUCCACUAAAGGAUGGAAAUAUGGCUUUUCUACCUUCUGGUUGGAUUUCUACACAGGUCGGAGGGCCUGCUGUGUUAUCAAUGUACCAGUAGCGGAGAUGAAGGCGAAUGUAUGACAGGCUACAGUUCUUUCACAAAGGUGUUUCACGCACUGUCCAAUCCGAAUGCAACGCUUGUUGCUGGGCCCGGCGACACAGCCACUGAGACUCCUCAUUAUAAGGAUUGCGACAAAUUCGUCAACAGAACCAUGUGUGUCAUUGAAGAAGUUCGAAAUGCAUUUACUGGAAACGUUGAAACCUUCAACCGGGACUGCUCAGAUGGUGUGACGUUCUCCAUCAACAUGCCAAUCUUACACACAGACACACCUGCCAACUUUACAACGUGUGGAUACGGCAACCAUGGCUACCAAGUCUGCAUCACUCUGUGCAACUCCACCAACUUCUGCAAUGGACCUAAUGAAGGAGCACAGAAUGAGAAGCCCUCUCUGAUCGUGUUAACUGCCCUUUUUGGCGUAUUUUAUGCUUGUGUCAAAUUCUAAAUAUCCAAGAAAUCUCUGUAUUUAUUCAUGUAUGCGUUUUGGGUUUAUCUGGGCCAAAGGAUCUGGUAAUUUGUUUUCUAAAUGUUCUUCAUCGUCAUGAGGGUUAUUUCGUGCAUGUGCAGCAGGGUGUGGAGUCAUACCACGGAUGACAUCAUCAGUUUCCAGGGCCCACUUGCACAAAGCGAUCUUAGCGCUAAGACUAUUGUAAGCCUAUGUUAAAGUAUGGGAGUUGCGAUCAUCUUAGCGCUAAGAUCGCUUUGUGCAAGUGGGUCCAGAUGACAUCGUUAACUAAUCAGCUUGGUUCGUGGUUCGAAUCCCUGAACGGGAUUCGGAAAUUGUAUGGCCGCUUCAUAUGUGUUCCACUCUAAGAUCAUCAUUGUGUUUCCUUAAAAGAUUGUCAUCAAUGCCACAAUAAAACUCAUAUUUUCAUGGAUUAAAA